AUGGCUGCUGGUGCGGGAUACAUGCGAUACAGGUUCGUUUCACAAGAUCCGAAGGCGUCUGUACGCCGACAGGAACUUGAGAUCGCUGCUAGGAGAUCUCAUUCUGCAAGGGUAGUGCACAAGCGCCAUCAGGCUUGUGAGGCUCUACUGGCACGUGCUCUGAAGCCAAGUUCAGAAGAAGAACACGAGCUGCAGCCUGUCGAGCACCGAGGAAAUGAGCAAGCACCAAACGUGCCGGCACCCACCUCCACAAUUGAGAAGGGUGCAAAAGACACCAAAGUCUCGCAUGCCCCAGAAACUACACCGCAGCUAGGCAUCCUAGCAAGACGCCUCAAGGGCAACUCCGACCCCUUCGCAGUGUACGCCAUCAAAGUAUCGCCACGUAUCAACCAAGCUCUCACCUUCAUGCGCGAGACCGUACAUCCCGCCAUCUACUACUAUCCCAUCUUCCGAAGAAUAUACGGUCAUGGCGGCACGUCCAAGCAAAACAAUUGGCUUCCCGCCGGCUUAGCAAAACAGGGUUGGGAUUUCGCAUCAUCGAGUCUUCAAGAUGAAGGACUUGCGUUUGCUUGCAUUGCGAGCUAUGUUGUGAAUCUAGCGGAGUUUCUGCAUACAAGCACGGCUUUCAAUGCUUCUCACUUGGCUCUGGCUAUGAUCACGAAGAGCUCUGAGAUCCUGCGGCGACGAUUGAUGAAGCGGAAAGCAGAUCAGCCUCUCGACAAGCUGCUGAUCAGUCACGUCUACUGGCUGCUCCGCGCAAAUGUCUACCUGACAGACAGUGUUGCUGUAGAGUCUCAUGGGGCUAUGCUCAGUAGGGCUGUCAUCAGAGGCAUGGCGGAUGGGUCUGUGGACAAUUUGAUAUUUAUCCACGCUGCCACACUUGAUUCGGACGUAUCUGCGGUACACAUGAAGCGAACUUGGUUCGAUUACUCGUGGUUCGCCAAAAUAUGUGCGCCGCUAUGGGCUGCCGUGGAGCCUCAGCUGCCUCCAGUUCCGCCACAUAUCUUCGAGGCUGUUCAUCCCAAUGUCACCAACCCAGUCAUAAGAGGAGUGUUCAUGCAAGCAAGACAACAGAGUGAGUAUGCUGAGCGGCCACCUCCAGACAAAGCCUGGGGCUCACGCACACAAAAGUCACUGGCCUACUCCUGGUUCGCGACCGUAAGCUUGUGGGGACUUGGAUCUGCCAUGAAAGUAUAUCAAGAUCUGAGAGAUGUCUGUGGCUACGGCUUCGCAUCUGGAACGCUCGAGGAACUCACUCAAGCGGCCAUAGCGAUUGGCCUGCUCUUCUAUGUCCGUGCCUUCGGACAUGUAGUCCUCGUAAAUGGCGUGAAUCUCCGAGACGCUUCGCAUGUCCUGGUACCGCAGAUGAAGAUGGUGAUUAGCCAGAUAUUCGAGCGUUGGACUGUGAAGGAGAUGAAGCAGUUCAAGGACGCGUAUCUCUGGUUGUUGUACUUGGGUGCCUUUUAUGAGCAACUGAGCUUACGCAAACCGGCAGGCGUGCCAGAAGUGUGGUUUCAGCAUCGACUGGUGAAGUGUGCACUCGAAGCGAACAAGGCAUCGUGGGAGACUUUGAGUCCUGUCCUGGAACAAUUUCUGCUCGUCAGCUGGCUGGAGCCGCAUGGCAGCUCAUGGUUCGAUACAUUGGUCGAUGAUGUGCGACCGCUUGCAGGAUUGUGGGCUAGGUGA